CCACAAAAGAAUUUAUUAUUUUUGUUCAAGACUUCAAUAGCUUCGCCACUCGGACCAACACCUGUGGAGAGCUGCGUUCUGCUCAUGUGGGACAAGAGGUCACGCUCUACGGAUGGAUUCAGUAUCAAAGACAAGGCCUGUUUCUAGUUUUGAGGGAUUUCCAGGGACUGACCCAGAUCAUCAUUCCACAGGAUGAGGCACACUCCCAUGUGAAGAAGCUCCUGUCUAACGCCCCAGUGGAGUCUGUUGUGCGAGUGACUGGAAUUGUGUCCUCUCGGCCUCCAGGGCAGGAGAAUCCGAAAAUGCCAACAGGGGAUAUUGAGGUGAAGGCGGAGACUGCAGAGAUCCUAAACACCUGCAAGAAGCUACCUUUUGAAAUCAAGGAUUUCGUCAAGAAAUCAGAGGCCUUACGGAUGCAGUAUCGCUACUUGGACUUGCGUAGCUGCCAGUUGCAGUAUAACCUGCGGCUGAGAUCGCAGAUAGUGAUGAGGAUGCGGGAAUAUCUCUGUAACCUCCACGGGUUUGUGGACGUAGAAACUCCAACGCUCUUCAAGAGAACCCCAGGGGGAGCUAAAGAAUUCCUUGUGCCCUCAAGGGAGGCAGGCAAGUUCUACUCUCUGCCACAGAGUCCUCAACAGUUCAAGCAACUCCUCAUGGUUGGAGGCCUGGACAGGUACUUUCAGGUUGCCCGCUGCUACCGAGAUGAAGGUUCACGACCUGACAGACAGCCUGAAUUCACUCAGAUAGAUAUAGAGAUGUCAUUUGUAGAUCAAGCUGGGAUCCAGAGAUUGAUAGAGGGCCUCCUGCAAUAUUCCUGGCCUGAGGAAAGAGGCUGCAUUACAACUCCUUUCCCUUCCAUGACUUACGAGGAAGCACUGGCUGACUAUGGGACUGAUAAACCAGACACUCGUUUUGGGAUGAAGAUAGUGGAUAUCAGUGACUUUUUAAGAAGAUCGGACAUUCAGUUUGUGCAGAAUGCACUCAGUUAUCCACAGGGCACUGUCAAAGCCAUUUGUGUCCCUCAGGGAGUGAGAUAUCUUAAAAAUAAAGAUUUGGAGUCAUUAAAGGAGUCUGCAAAGUCCCAGUUUAACCAGGAAAUCAUGGAAAUUAUCUGCAGGCGUGAUGGAAGCUUGAAGUCUGUGCUUACAAAGUUUCUUGGUGAGAAGCAGCAGUUAGAGCUUAUCCAAGUGCUGAACAUGCAGGUGGAUGAUGUGGUACUGCUGGCAGCUGGUGAACACAAAAAAGUGUGCUCUGCAUUAGGAAGCCUACGGUUGGAGAGUGCUGACCUCCUUGAGGCAGCUGGGCUGGUACUCCGUGACCCUAUGACUUUUCACUUUCUGUGGGUGGUGGAUUUUCCACUUUUCCUCCCCAAGGAAGAAAAUCCCACUCAGCUGGAAUCUGCUCAUCACCCUUUCACUGCUCCUCAUCCUUCAGAUACCAGCCUCCUCUAUUCUGAUCCCACAAAGGUCCGUAGCCAGCACUAUGAUCUCGUGCUGAAUGGCAGUGAAGUUGGAGGUGGCUCCAUCAGAAUUCACAGUGCAGAACAACAGCGUUUUGUGCUGGAGAAAGUGCUGAAGGAGGACUCUGAGGUGCUUUCCCAUCUGCUUGAGGCUUUGGAGUUUGGAGCUCCACCUCAUGGAGGAAUUGCUUUAGGACUCGACAGGCUGAUCUCUCUCAUUGUUGAUGCUCCAAGUAUCAGAGAUGUCAUUGCUUUUCCUAAAUCCUUCAAGGGACGAGACUUGAUGGCCAAUGCUCCAGAUUAUGUCACUCCAGAAGAACUAGAGCCAUAUCACAUCCAGGUUUCCUGGCCUCUUGCAGAAAAAGAGGCAAAGAAAAACUGACUUAAAGCCAGUGAUGUAAGCUGAUCUGUUUAACCAGAUGUGGUUACAGCUUCUAAAUACUAGAAUUUAGUUCAGAAUACAUCAACUGUUAUGGGAGGAUGGGGAGGCAGUAGCAACCCCCCUGUACCAUGGCAGUUUCAGGAUUGAAUGGGGAAUAGAUAGGAGGACUCCUUGACAGGAGUUCACCUUUGGGUCGGUAAUGGGAAGAAGUAGAAAAGCAAAAGAAAAGAACAUAAUUUUAGCAUAGGAUAUUAAGAUUGGCUUUGGGGUG